AUGACUACCGAAGAUCCUAUCUUGCGGAAUGGAAAUGAGGCAUUUGAUGAAUUACUUGAGCCAAUUUAUAGGGGCAAAUCUCUUACAGAUCCUAUUAAUACUGCCAAGGACAAGUGGAAUCUUCUUCCUGCCUUCUUAAAGGUUAAAGGUUUGGUUAAACAGCAUUUAGACUCUUAUAAUUUCUUUGUUGACGUUGAUUUGAAAAAAAUUGUCAAUGCUAAUCAACUAGUUCUUAGUGAUGUUGAUCCCUCGUUUUACCUAAAGUAUCUUGAUAUCCGCGUUGGUUAUAAGAGUAAUGGAGAUCGAAAGACCCCUGAGGUAUUAUUACCUCCUCAUGAAUGCAGACUAAGAGACUUGACUUACAGCGCACCAAUAUACGUGGAUGUUGAAUAUACUAGAGGUAAAAAAAUUAUUAUUCAUAGGGAUUUGGAGAUAGGUCGUAUGCCUAUUAUGCUAAGAUCCAACAAGUGCAUCUUGAAUGGACGAAAUGAGAAGGAGAUGGCCUAUUUGAAUGAAUGUCCAUUAGAUCCAGGUGGAUAUUUUAUUGUCAAUGGUACUGAAAAGGUAAUUUUGGUUCAGGAACAGUUGAGUAAAAAUCGUAUUAUUGUGGAGACCGAUCCGAAAAAGGACAUAGUUCAAGCUUCGGUGACUUCCUCGACUCACGAGAGAAAGUCCAAAACCUAUGUUAUUGCCAAGAACGGUAAAAUCUAUUUGAAGCACAACUCCAUCAGUGAAGAAGUGCCCAUAGUCAUAGUGUUGAAAGCUGCUGGCAUUGUCAGCGACAUGGAGAUCUUACAACUUGUCUGUGGUGAUGAUUCUGUCUACCAGGAUUUGUUUGCCAUUAAUUUCGAGGAAGCCUCCAAACUUGGAAUCUUUACUCAGAGAGAAGCCUUGGAAUAUAUUGGUCGGAAAGUCAAGACCAUCCGUAGAAUGAAUUCCCCGAAACUAACCAUUCUUCAAGAGGGUACAGAGGCAAUAGCAACGACUAUCGUGGCCCAUUUGACUGUGGACAACUUGGACUUUCGUGAAAAGGCCUUAUAUAUUACCACAAUGGCACGUCGUGUCGUUAUGACCAUGCACAAUCCAAAGUUGGUAGAUGACAGAGAUUAUGCCGGUAACAAGCGUCUCGAGUUGGCCGGACAGUUGCUUUCAUUGUUGUUUGAAGAUCUAUUCAAGAAGUUCAACAACGAUUUCAAGGCCAAUUUAGACAAAAUUCUAAAAAAACCAAGUCGUGCUUCCGAAUUUGACGCUUUGCUCCACAUUAAUAUCCAUUCCAACAAUGUCACUUCGGGACUGAACAGGGCUAUUUCUACAGGUAACUGGUCGUUAAAGCGUUUCAAGAUGGAACGUGCGGGUGUGACUCACGUGUUAAGUAGGCUCUCGUACAUUGCUGCUCUUGGUAUGAUGACCCGUAUCAGUUCACAGUUUGAGAAAUCCAGGAAGGUGUCUGGACCUAGAUCUCUUCAGCCCUCCCAGUUUGGAAUGCUAUGCCCAGCUGAUACACCUGAAGGUGAGGCUUGUGGUUUGGUGAAGAACUUGGCAUUAAUGACCCAUAUCACCACAGAUAACGAGGAGGCUCCUAUCCGUAAAUUAUGCUAUCUUUUGGGUGCAGAGGAUAUUUCCGUUGCCGAUUCUGCUAUGAUUCAUACUGGUGGUACAUUUGGUGUUUAUCUUAAUGGUACCAUGAUUGCCAUUACUCGUUAUCCUAUUGAAUUUGUCCGGAAGUUUCGUUAUUUGAGACGGUGCGGUAAGGUGAGUGCAUUUGUUUCCAUUCACACAAACGUUCAUCAGUCUGCUGUUCACAUUGCUGCAGACGGCGGCCGUAUUUGUCGUCCGUUGAUCAUUGUUGAAAAUGGUAAAUCCAAGGUGACUGUUCAACACCUCCGCAUGUUGAAGGCGGAUAAAUGGGGAUUCUAUGACUUCCUCAAACACGGAUUGGUCGAAUACUUGGAUGUCAACGAAGAGAAUGAUUCAUUGAUCGCAUUGUACGAGAAAGAUAUCAUUCCGAUGACUACCCAUAUCGAGAUUGAGCCCUUCACCAUUUUGGGCGCAGUGGCGGGUUUAAUUCCUUAUCCACACCACAAUCAAUCUCCUCGUAACACAUAUCAAUGUGCUAUGGGUAAGCAGGCCAUUGGUGCCAUUGGUUAUAAUCAAUUUCGCCGUAUUGAUACUUUAUUGUACUUACUUUGCUAUCCUGAACAGCCGAUGGUGAAGACCAAGACUAUCGAACUUGUCAAGUAUGAUAAACUUCCAGCAGGACAUAACGCUACAGUGGCUGUGAUGUCCUAUUCUGGUUAUGAUAUUGAGGAUGCGUUGAUUUUGAACAAAGCCUCCAUUGACCGUGGCUUUGGACGUUGUCAAACCCUUCGUAAGAAUACUGCCGUGCUUAAAAGAUAUCCAAAUCAUACAAAGGAUAUUGUUACCGGCAUGCGUGUUGAUAAAGAGGGUAAGCCCAUUUUUCAGCAUGCAGCUUUGGGUGAGGAUGGUUUGGCCGAAGUGGGUACUCGUAUUCAAAGUGGACAGGUGUUUUUAAAUAAGUGUGUGCCUGCCAAUGCUAUGGGUAGUGUUAUGGGAGGACCCCAAUCCCAGGAUGGUCAGCAACAGCAAUAUAGAGAGGCUCCUAUGGUUUAUAGAGGACCAGAGCCAAGUUAUGUGGAUCAAGUUAUGAUGACGGUGGGGGAUAAUGAUCAAGCUUUGAUUAAAGUACUUUUAAGACAAACAAGAAGGCCAGAACUUGGUGAUAAGUUUUCUUCUCGUCAUGGUCAGAAGGGUGUUUGCGGUAUGAUCGUAAACCAAGAGGACAUGCCAUUUAGUGAUCAAGGUAUCAGUCCGGAUAUUAUAAUGAAUCCUCACGGUUUCCCAUCUCGAAUGACGGUGGGAAAGAUGAUGGAGUUGGUUUCUGGUAAAGCAGGUGUUCUCAGAGGUACAUUGGAAUAUGGUACGUGCUUUGGAGGAUCUGAUUUGGAGGAGAUGUCAAAGGUUCUCGUUGAGAAGGGAUUCAAUUACGGUGGUAAGGACAUGCUGUAUAGCGGUACUACGGGAGAGGCACUGCAAGCAUAUAUCUUCUUCGGCCCUAUUUUCUAUCAGAAGUUGAAGCAUAUGGUUAUGGACAAGAUGCAUGCUCGUGCAAGAGGUCCUAGGGCUGUUUUAACUAGACAGCCCACGGAGGGUAGAUCCAGAGAUGGUGGUUUAAGAUUGGGAGAGAUGGAAAGAGACUGUGUAAUCGCUUACGGUGCAUCUCAGUUGUUAUUAGAGAGAUUGAUGUUGAGUUCGGAUGCCUUUGACGUGGAUAUUUGCCAGGGUUGUGGACUAAUGGGCUACAAUGGAUGGUGUCCAAUGUGCAAGUCUAGUGAAAAGAUCGUCAAGAUGACAAUUCCAUACGCCGCUAAAUUGUUGUUCCAAGAGUUGAUCUCAAUGAACAUUGCUCCAAGAUUGAAGUUGAGUGACGUAUUUUGA